AUGCCUGUUCCACAUGAACUUUUUGAUCAGGAUCUGUUUUCUACUUCGCUUCUGGGUUUGGAUCUUCUUUGGUGGCAUAUCAAAGCUAUAAAAGUCCUUCCAUACCUAGAGCUCCUGUUCCUCGUGGAGCUUGAGCAAGUUCUGUACCAAGAAAUAACAGUGGUUGCUCUUGGGGCUCUGGUUCUAUUUCUGGUGGUAGAGCUGACUCUUGCCAAAACUAUGGAUUUGUUGAUCCAUAUGGCAGAGCAAACACUGUUGGUGAGAAUAGUGUUGUUUCUUGGUGCUGCCGCUACUUCCAACCCCUACUGGAGCAGCAUGGCAGAAACCUUCACAGGGGGAGCUGCAAGGACGUCUUCCUUUACAUGCGAUAAUAUUGGAGGUUUGCCUUGUGGAACUCCUUGCUUUCCACUACUGCAUCUACUGCUCCAUCAUCAAGGUCCCCGUGUUCCAAUUUUCCUGCUGGCAUGCAGCAUCAUUCUGGAGGAUAUAACCCUCCUCCUCGGAGAAACUGCUAAUUUCCGGAUAGUCUUGCCAUCCAUUCCUCAAGACCUCGGAGAUCUUACUUCCAAACUAAAGACCGGAAAAUCGAGAAGGCCAAGUUCUGGUUCAUGCUGAACUGCAGAUAUUUUGCAAACAUGAACUUAAUGAACAGAGUUCAAAGGGCCCCACUCCAAAGAUAAUUUCAAGAUUUUUGUAAGUACUACCACAUAUUUCAAGAUUUUUUUACUUUAUAGGAGACUAUAGUUGGGAUCGAAGUUCAGAGAAACGUCCAUAUAAAAUCCGUCACUUGACUGGAAGUAGUUGGAGUUUAGGUUUUUU